AUGGCGCCUAGCCCCAUGCCGGUGCGUCUUGAUCUGGGCUCAGGUGAGCAUUCGUUGCGCUCAGAAAAGGGCAUCCAUCUCAGUGACCUGGCGUGGCACACUGUGGAUCUCACCCACACCCGCCAUAAUAUCACUAUGACUGUGGACCAGAACUCCCACACCGGCCUACAAAUACAGGGACCAGAUCUGGAGCUCGGUGUGGAGGAUGGACUCCUUGUUGGCGGGACAGCUGGAUUAAAUCAUCUCUAUCUUCACAACAUCUCCUCUGGGUUUAGAGGUUGCAUGGACGAAGUCGUCUUCAAUCAACAUGACUUACUGUCCAGUCUCAGGCCACAUUCUGGGUACAAGACCGUCCAUGAGGUAUCUCUGGGCUGUAGUCCACAGUUUUCUGCAACAGAAGAAGAUUCUGUCAGUUUUUUCAGCUCAGAAGCGUUCAUGUCACUCCCACCGUGGGAUGUGCUUCAAGAGGGAGUGUUUGAAUGUGAACUACAUCCUGCUGCAAAAGAAGAAGAAGACGGCAUUGUCCUUUAUAGCUCUGACAAUCAGGGAGGGUUUGUUGCCAUUGAGAUCGUACGUGGUCAUCUGGUAGCUUCGGUAGGAGGUGGAGAGGGGAGUAAAACCGAGCUGCAUUCUUUAACAAAUGUAAACAGCAACCACACCUGGUACACCAUCCAGCUUCACUUGUUGCCUCACAGUGUUCAGCUGAAGGUAGGCAAAGAGCUGGUGAAGGCCAGUCUGAGCCCAGAGAUUCAGGUCCUCCAGCUUACGGGGCCUCUCUUCGUAGGAGGGCUGGAUGAAGCAGCUCGGGGACAAGCAAGGCGAGCUGGAUUGAUUUCUGUUCCAUCUGGAGGAGAAGGAGGAGGCUCCUUUAAAGGCUGCCUCAGUGAAAUCAGGGUGAACACUCAAAAAACAGGCCUACCUCAUGCCACAGUCACCAAGGAUGUCACUGUGGGCUGUAGGACAGGGCAGGCUCCACAGAGAGCAAGUCUCACCAGCCCAACAGAUCUUCCUGGGGUUGAUAUCACAACUGCACAGACUAACGCGAAGAGGAGCCCUAACUUCCUGAUGCUGAGGAAACUAGAAGUAUCUGAGGGAGGCCGGGCACCUCUUGAACCAAAACACAUAAAGGUGAAUUUGGACUUCCGUAAACUGGGCAUUCAUCCAUCCCAGUUUAUGUUCCGCGUUGAGGAACAGCCUGUUCAUGGCCAGCUCCGGUUGGACCUGAGUCCAGACCCCGACAGGACUUUGGACGAGGGCCAGGAGAGGACCAUCACGAUAGGAAUUGAGGAGAAGGACCGGACGUUCAGUAUGCUGGACCUCUGGCAGGGCAGGGUGAUGUACGUUCACAGCGGCUCAGAGGACCAGAGUGACUUCUUCACAUUUUCAGUCUUCUCCAGCAAUAAGAAGGAGCUUCCUGUGUUUCUCAAGGGCAACCGUCUGCACCAGUUCGAAAUUAGCAUCAGUGCUGUGAACGAUGCCCCUGUGCUCAGCCUGCCAGAGGGAAACUAUUUUACUCUACUCGAGAAGUCCAGACGACAGCUGACUACAGAUGUGUUGAGAGCGCUAGACCCUGACAGCAGUCCUGAGGAGCUUGUUUUCAGCUCCCUGGGAAACCUCAACACUGAGGCUGGAUACCUUGAGCAUCAGGAUUACCCUGGCAGGCCCAUCAACUUGUUCUCCCUAAACGAUCUAGAGGAGGGUAAGAUCAGCUUUAUCCACACAGGGGUCUCAACUUCUAGGCUGGCUCUUAGGGUUAGUGACGGGCAGAAGGUAAGCAACACAGUAGUUUUGAGGAUAAUAACCGUGCCACUCGAAGAUAAACUGGUGAACAAUACCGGACUGGAGGUGAACCAAGGCGAAGCUUCAGUCAUCACCACCAAUCACCUUGCAGUACAAGUUAAUGUGGCUGACCCCACAGUAGAAAUCUGGUAUAAUGUUACAGAGUUCCCACAAUAUGGCGAGCUCCAGAGGUUACACUCAAGCGGCGAAUGGAAGCCAGCGACCUCUUUCUCCCAGAAACUUCUGGAAAAAGAACGGAUUCGAUACCUCAGCACCUACCGUGGCUUACAGAUGCAGAAUAACAUCACAGACCACUUUAAAUUUAAAGUCAGUAUCGGUUCCCUGGCUAAACAAGAGGCUGUUUUCCCCAUCGCGGUACGAUGGAUUCACUUCAAGAUCACACGGAGUAAGAUGGAGCUCAAUGGCGUUCAGGCUGCUGUUCUCACUCCCGAGGACCUCCAUGUGAUUUCUAAGGGUGUUAAGCUCAGUGAGAGUGACCUCCAUUUCAGGAUGGUAACGGUACCCAAGAAAGGUCAGCUUCUCCUCAACAACAAGGCCCUACAAAGGAACUCAACCUUCAGCCAGAGGAACAUCAGUGAUGGUUUGGUAAGGUACGAGCUAAUCAACCGGCAACAUGACGACACGAGAGACACGUUCAGCUUCCAGGUGUUUUCAGCUCACUCCAACUCAACAACUUACGACUUCAGAAUCAACAUCAAAGCCGAGUCGACCACCGUCACUAUGAUAAGCAAAGGUCUCUCAGUCAUGGAAGGAGGGAGUAAAGUAAUCACCAGAGAUAUUCUGUUCACUCACACAGCGAGUAACCGGGAGGUCCUCUACAACAUUAUAGAGAGCCCCAGGCAUGGGCACAUAAGGCGGAUCAACCUCUCCAACUCAACUUCAAUUAACGACAACAUUAUGGCGUUCACGAAUCAGGAUAUAACUGAGGAAAGGAUCAUGUACGUUCACGACGACAGCGAAACUAAGCAGGAUUCUUUCACAUUUCAGAUAGUGGUUUACAAAGCUCACAAACACACGAACAAGAAAGAGGACGGAAAUGGAGAACAGCACACCUUUAACAUCUCAGUGCAGCUCGUCAAUGAUCAGAGGCCCGUCAGGGUUGUGGAUAAAGUUUUCCACGUUGCACGGGAGGGCCAGAGAUUGGUGACGCUGAGUGACCUGCGUUAUCGUGAUGAUGACUCAGAUUUCGAGGACAGCUGGUUGGUGUACACACGGAGGGGGAUCCCCAUGGGAGAGUUGGUGCUGGCCAGUGAUCCUAGCCACAAGUUGUAUGAGUUCACACAGCGAGACCUCGAACAGAAAAAGGUGCUGUUUGUCCACAAAGGAGUGAGUUUUGGGCGUUUUGUGCUUUUCGUAUCUGAUGGGAAGCAUUAUGUUUCAACGCUGUUGGAGGUGAUGGCGCAGGAUCCUUACCUGCAGGUGGAGAACAACACAGGCAUCAUGGUCGAGCAGGGUGGGAUCACGACCCUGACCUCUGCUAACCUCAGUGUCUUCAGCAACCUUGACAUCAGAGACCCACACGAAGUGACGUUUGAGGUCUUCAUCCCACCUAAACAUGGCGUGAUCUGCUUUAUUGACAGAGAGAGUGGGAUUAUAACAGACGCAGAUGCAAUUUCAAUAUUCACCCAGCGAGACUUGAUAGCAGGGCGCCUGGUAUAUCGCCAUGAUGGCAGUCACAAGUUGUCGGAUAGCUUUAAUGUGACAGCAAGAGCUAGAGAACGGAGCACAGAGAGGCAGGUGGAAAGAGGGAAGAGGGAGGUAUAUCUAGACUUUGGAGUUUCGGUAAAGAUUUACCUGGAGAGUCAUCAGAGGCCACCAACAGUCAGAAACAACCGGCCAGUGGUGGUGGAAGAGGGACAGAAUAUCUCUAUAAGCAGGGACAACUUAGAGGUGGUCCAUGAAGACAGUCAGCCCUCAGAGAUAGUUUUUACUGUGCACAGUCUUCCCACAGUUGGCAUCAUUCAGAGGUUGUCCACUGACAACAAGCAUCAACGCAUGAAUGGAGGACAGCACUAUAAAGGUAUCAAAAAGCAGUCAACACCCACAUUCACCCAGGAGGACUUGAACCAGGGCUUGGUCAUCUAUCAACAGCAGACCACAGGAAGCACCAAUGAUUCUGUUCUGUUGGAAGCAACCAAUGGGGUGACAAAGGUUGGACCUAUCAGGCUGGAGAUUGAUAUCAUCCCAAUCCUGCUUCCUCUGCAGGUGUCCGACUUGACUCUAGAUGAGGGGUCUUCUAUGCCGCUGACCUCUGACAUCAUUAAAGUCGCCAGCCAUCACUUCUCUGGGAUGAACUUCCUGUAUCAGGUCAUCAAUCCACCACGACAUGGACAUUUGGAGCACAGCCGCAUUCCAGGGAUGCCUAUCACAGCUUUCACACACACUGAGGUGGAACGGGAGUACAUUUCCUACAUCCACGACGGCAGUGACACCCUGAGAGACAACUUCACCAUUGUGGCAAACCAGACGGAAACCAGGAAACACAGCCUGCCGUGCGCCGUUCACAUCAACAUCACACCUGUCAAUGAUGAGACCCCAGUGAUUACAACCAACCACGGACUGAAGGUGUGGGUGGGUUCUGUUACAGAGAUAACCACAGGCGAUCUCAGUGCGGAGGACACUGACACUCCACCUGAGGGGCUGGAGUUCAUAGUGACACCACCCAGUAAUGGCCACUUGGCUUUGAAGAGCGCCCCCUCCAGACACAUUCUGAACUUCACUCAAAGUCACAUAGAAAGCAAGCAGCUGGUGUUUGUGCACAAUGGGGCGCCAUCAGGUGGCUUUCAUUUCCAAGUGAAUGACGGCCUCAACUUUGCUCCUCGUCAGAUCUUUAGCACAACUGCUCAUUCUCUGAUCCUCACCCUGCAGAGAAACCACCCGAUGGAAGUCUACCCAGGCUCUGUGACACCAAUCUCAGACAAGGAGCUUCAGGCGGUUACUAACAUUGCUGACGGCAACAUCAGGAGGAACCAGUCCGUGGUCUUUGCAGUGACCUCUCCUCCUAAACUCGGCCGCCUGGUCCGACGUAUGCCGGACAACUCCACAAGAAAUGUUUCCACCUUUACACAGAGCAUGUUGGAUGAUGGCGUUAUCCUGUAUGAUCAGAACAAGCCAGAGUCAGUGGGAUGGUCAGCUGCAGACACUUUUUCUUUCACGGCGUCUUUGCCUCCUGCUUCUCUUCCUCCACACACCUUCACCAUCUUGAUCUCCUACCAAGCCAAUGAACAUCAUGACAGCUCUCAGCACAAGACCAGACUAAUAAACAAUGCAGGUGCUGUGGUGGCUGAAGGAGGCAGGGUGACAAUAGACAGGUCCAAGCUUGAUGCCUCUAAUCUCCUGGGAAAAAUCCCAGAGUCUCAUCGGAAAGACCACCACAUCAUGUAUCGUGUGAUUUCUUUGCCUCGCUAUGGGAUUUUGUCUAUUCGAGGACACAAUCUCACCAGGAACCAACCAGAUUUUUCACAAGUCACCCUGAACAAGUUUGGCAUCACAUACUUCCACGAUGACUCUGAGACCACAAGUGACAGCUUCACUUUUCGGGCCUGGGUGGCACCUUUGGAUCUCCCCUCUUCUUCCUCCUCAUCAUCCUUGUCGGCUUUUUCCUCUGACUCCUCCUCUUCUUCCAGCUCCUUUUCCUCUCUGUACUCUGCGUCAUCAUCUCCCUUUUCAUCACUAGACACAGUUUCUCAUCAUCACGUUAAAGACACCACAGGGGUGACAGAGAUGUUCAACAUCACAGUAACACCAGUCAAUGACCAGCCACCACUGAUCAGAAGCAGGGCUCCCAGUAUGAAGGUGGUAGUGGGGGAGAGAGUCGUACUUGGACCCAGCAGUCUUCAGGUGGAGGACCAUGAUACUCCUCCAGAGGAGCUGCACUACCUCGUGAUAAGUAAGCCCAACAAUGGCUACCUGACGCUGGGGGAAAGACCGGAGCCGGUGACCUCAUUCACCCAGUACGACGUCAACCACGGCCGGCUGCAUUUUAUACAGCAGGGCGACCCCUCAACAGGAGUUUUCUACUUCAACGUAACAGACGGCCAUCACCGUCCGCUCUACAAGCUGUUUAGUUUGGAGGUUAUUAAGCCCUCGGUGUCCAUUGUGAACAACACUGGCCUGUCGUUGAUUCAAGGCCGGACCGCGGUGGUCCUGACAACCAAUCAGCUUGCAGCUCAAACCAAUGGUCAGAGCCGGGCCACUGUCUCCUACACUGUCACCACACCCCCUCGCCACGGACGCAUCGCUAUUAACGACCAGGAGGUCACCACAUUCCGCCACGAGGACCUCCAGUUUGGACGCGUCGUCUAUCACAUGACUGAUCUCAGCGAGUCCGAGGACACCUUUCAAAUGUCAGUGUCAGCCUCGUCACCUGGCAUUAAUUAUGGAAAUGUAACAGCAACGGUGAAAGUGACCGUGCGGCCUCUGAUCUACCUGAGAGAGCCAGUUCGAGUCCCCAGUGGUAUCGCUGUGAAACUGGGAAAAGCCAUGAUUGAUGCCUCAGAGCUGGCGAGAAUCAGCCGAGCCAACCCGGUCUUUGAGGUUCUCUCUCCACCAAAACAUGGAAAACUAGUCAAGAUAACAUAUGAUCCUAACAGAGCGUCAGAGGUCCUGAAGUCAUUCACAUUCAGAGAUGUGGUGCAAGGCCGAGUUGCCAUCGAGGAGAAUCUUAGUGACAGCGACAACCAGCUCCACAAUAAUGAAUCCACGCUCACAACAGCUCAAGUCCACGCUCCCGCCACGCCUCUUAAUGACUCUUUCAGCUUCCUGGUGAGGUCUGGAAACGUCCAGCCAGCAAAGGGCGAGCUUCACUUCACCAUCUUACCUCAUCACCAGAUGCGCCACGGUCCUGGUGGUUUCAAUAAAAUAGACAAGAUAGGUCGCGAACACACAACAGCCCGUCUACCAGCACACAACAGGACAACUGCCGGAAGAGCAGGACGGGAAGGUGGACGAGGAGGCUCUACAGCACACGGUGAGGUCACUGUGGGUUUGCACCCCCACAUUUUGUCACACAAGCACCACAACAGGACACACCACAAGUUGAGGCCUCAUAACCGACUGGGGAACCACACACGGAAUGGUAGUCCUGGAGGGAGGUCAAAGAGCAGCGUAGAGGGAGCAGGAGGAGGUCACAGCCAUGCCCCCCAGCCCCACACUCCUUCCAUCCCAGAGAAACACGGUCCGGGGAACCCUCCCGACACCCAGCUGAUUCAUGUCGAGGUUCUGCCUCGUCCUGCGUCGGACCCCCUCCUCAUUAUCCUUCCGCUGCUAGCUUGUUUGCUUCUCAUUAUAAUACUCAUAGUUUUGAUCCUGGUGUUCCGCCAUCGCAAGGAAAAACAAGCUCGGCUUCGACUUGUCCAGGCACUCGCUGCAGUGCCGGUUCCCAAUGAGGACAGCCCGUAUCUGGGCAGGCCAGAGCGGAGUGUGGCUAUGCCCUCAGUUAUGGUCACCCCACUCGGCUCUGCAAGCUGCCCAACUUCUCCCAGGGUGCCCACAAGUCCCCGGAGGAGUCUAGCCCCUGGAAUGACCUUCUGGGGGCCAUUUGAGGCUGAUUUAGCUGGUGGUGAUAGGAAUAUUAGAGGCUGUAACAGUAAUGAAAGAGAUAAUAAAACUUCUAGCAAUCCACUUCCACGUACUACAGGAUUCAGGACCUCUGUGAGAUCUAGGUCCCCGACUCCAACUCUAAAAGAGGGCCAGUACUGGGUUUGAGGGUAGUAAUGCUGAAAAAACUGUGCCUUAGAGGUGUGUUUGUAGUGUGUGUGUGUGUAUAUAUAAGAUAUGUGUCUGCUUUCCAGGGAACACCAAUGGUCACCUAAGGCACAUCCAACAUGUUCUUUUUGGAAAGACGACAGUAAAAUGUGCAAUGGCCAUCACAUUUAAGUUACGUUGCUAAUAAAUAUGACUUUGUUCCAUUAAUACUGUCUUGAAAUACCCAUAAUCCGCGAGGUGUUACCCACUUUUAGCAUUUGUUUCUAAGAUGUGAAAUACUCUUCUGAGUAAAGACAGAGGAAAUUAUUGCUUAAAAAGCUCUUCUUCCUUUUUUCUUUUUCUUUUUCUUUUCUUUUAAAGAUUUCCUAGUUAUAAGCAAUGAACACAAACUGCCCUGGGUCCUUCUCAAGAAAAUUACAUCUUAUUUUCCUUAAAGCAAAGAGUUGUUGCAAUAAUACAUUUUAUACUGAAGGAGGAAGUGAAACGUGGCCCGGGGUUCAUUUCAUUUAAUGUGAACCACAUUAACAGCAGCUAUAUUUUGAGUUAGCACACAUAUAACUGGUAAUGGAAGUCACUCACCCACAGCUAUUGCACGCUGUACAGAUGUCAGGUGUUGCUUUUUUAAAACAUAUUACGUCAGCCAGUAGAUCAUCAUGUUUGUACAUACGACUAAAUGUACUGUAAGCUAUAACACUCAUCCCACAUGUACAGACACAGGCAUUAUUCCCUGUCCUGUACUUUCCUGUGUCCUUUUUCUUACUACUCCUGCUAUGUAACUGCUUCUAUGAUCAAUAAUGAUGCAUUGUAAGAUGUACUUGUCAAUUCUGACCCCUUGUAUGGCUGCAACUGUGACAGUUUUUUUAAUAAAAAAGAUUUCUUA